GCGGGAAAAGCGUUGAAGCUCGCUGCUGCUGCACACAUCAUUGCCAGCCGCGUCAGGCAAGGGAAGCGCGUCAAGCAAAUACAGCAGAGCAGAACAGCCAAGCAACCAACCAAACGGAAUCUCGAAUCCGCCAAAAUAUUUACAUGGCAACACUCCUGUCAACAUCUUCUCCCACAUAUGACAGAGAGUCGGGUCUGAAUCAAGCUCUACAGUAGCUCUCCCCCAUCGUCGACAGUUCUCUUCCUUCAUACAUCAUCGCCCUGCCCAUCUCCAUCGACCGUCGACACUUCGUUCUCAUACCCGAUCACCAUCCGACGACGACGACCCCGACGACAGCAUCGCUUCUCGAGGGAACCUUUUCCCACCAAUACCCAUUCUCUACAAGUUGGCCCCGGCCGCUGAUGGAGACCAUCAUCACCAAUGGCCUCCUUGACCGAUAAGAUAUAUUUCCCUCCGCUGGAGGAGUGUUUGACCGGCAAGAACAUAAUACUUUCUUGGAAACUGGUCGCUUCUGCUCUUGCCGACCAACAUGGCGAUCUCAUUACCAGCAAUGCCGUCUCUUCCUUUCUAAAAGAUGGCUACGUCCAACAGCUGUUCAAGAACCCCUCCAAGACCUUCGAACCUCCGACUUCCCAGACGAAAGCCGACUUCGAGACCAAGACCGCGGCCAUCAACGUGACCCAGACGCCCAACGACCGAUUCAAUAUCAAGACCAUCAAGGACGACACCAUAUGGCUCAGCACCAAUGUCAACAUUAGCGAAGUUGCCGCCCUGCGCAUCGUCGUAGUCGAGUUCCAGUCGCGCGCGCAUGCCCACCUUGUCGGCCCUCUCUCUACCCAAGAUGUCGACAAUAUCCAGGAAGCUGCCGGAGUCAGUGAUGCGCAAACUUCCAACAUCCUCGCCCUCCUCAACCUCUCCACCGUUGCCGACGCCGAAACCACAUGGGCCGAGUUUGAGAAGGAUGCCAGCCGCCGCCAGCGAAUUCUGGCCCACUACCUCUCCGAACGCCGGUCCUUCAUGAGCUCCGCCGAGUCACUCGUUACCUUCAUGCUGCACUCGAGCGCUGCCAUCUUGAACCAGGAGACGCACAACCUUCGACGGGAGAUUGUGAAGGAGGCAUUCGAAUAUGACGAGUUCGACGACCACUCCGAAAUCAACAUCAGCUUGUUCGAGGCCCUUAUACCACGAUACUUCACCCUCCUCGAAGACGCCAUCAAGCGCGCGCAAACCGGCCCUACAAACGUCGAAGAGCGCCUUCUAACCGAGCAGAUCAACAUUGACUGGACCAGGACGGCGCUCACCGAGGCUAUCCAUGCCAUGACGGUCUCAUUCCAGAUUCUCGACCUCUCGGGCCCCAUGUUUACUACCCCUGAGAUAAUAACUCAGUGGUACCAGAUCAUGAACACGUACGAAUUCCUGGACGGCAUCAGCAGCGGCUAUGAUCUUGUUUCCGAGCUCGUCAUGCCCCUCAAGAGUUUGGUGUGCGUCAUCUCGCUCAGACUCAUCAACCUCAACCGAUCACUCAUGUACUUGAGCCAAGACAUCGACCUUCUGGACUUCGAGGAGCCCUACCUAGCAUCAUCCGAGCUUCUAACCAUAAUUCAUACCGCCGUUACCAACGCCGCAAAUGCUGGUUCGCCAACUGCGAGCCCCGUCAUUUUGGCAUGGUCCUUGAUUCUGCAGGACAUGUUUAUUGGCUACCAGGAACGCGCCGAACGACGGGAUGUUGCUCAGAAUGCACGCGCUCAAGCCAGUUUCGAAUUGGAGAUUCAGCCGAACCCCAGCGGACGUAGGAACUCGGCGGGAAGCAUUGUGUCUAUCGAAAGGUCGCCCUAUGAUCUGUUCCUGACCUCGCAGGCCCUUGAGCGGGAUAACCAAUUGGUCGAGGCGCUCGCCUUCACGGCUACCGCUCGUGGCCAUGUAUACGAGGUCAUGUCGGAGAUGGCAGCCUGUCUUGGCUACAGCCAGCUCGCUGCCUUCUCUUCCCUGCUAGGAGCACGCGUACGGGCCGUUUUCCUUGAAGUCCUCAAGAAGAGCUUCCCUAUCGUGGGCUACCAAAACGAUACUGUCUCCUGCCUCCUUACCGUUUUGUCGGGAGGGAGACAGUACUGGGAUAUUUCUCCCAAGAACGCACUGUCCCCAAGCCAGGAAGUUAAUUCAGUAAUGCUUCGGGAUGAUGAGCUCAAGGAGAACUAUCUCUUGCAGGCUCGCAACCGUUACCCCUACGAAUUCUUGCCCUUCGUAUCCUUUACUCGGGCUCUGGUGACGGGCCUCCUUGCAGAUAGCGAAAACUCCGAGUGGGUGAUCGGUCUGCUCCUCAAGUCUCCUACCUUGACUCUGGAAUGGAGGUCUGAGUGGGUCAAUUACGAACUCAUUUACGAGGACGAGAACGUCAACUCCUUCCAAUUGAUUGGCGACCUUGAUCUCUUCGAUACCUCCAAGGUUACCAGGAGACGUCCCGAAAACGAGGAAAAGUUCACCAUUCCUGCCGGUACUGUUGGACGUUUCGUAUCGGACAGCGAGAGGAUAGCCAUCCUCGAAUACGAACACUCGGCCCUGGCCCUUCUGGGCAAGCGUCUUGAGGUGUCCUUGAAGGCUGACGCGUACAGCAGUGCUCUCCCAGGACUUACUGCGGACGAGGUGGCGGAGUCGAUACUACUGUUGGCAACCGUUGUCCGAGUCGAGACUCUCAGGACUGCUGUGACCGUUUCGAGGGCUGGCUCCGAGGCCGGCAUGGCAAUCUUGAAAGAGGCAAGCAGAGCGCUACCACACAGCAAGGACAUCUUGGUGGUGGUUUGCGACCUCAUGGACACCAUCAUUCAAGACGAUCUCGUAAACGUCGAUGGUCCCAGAACGGCGGUCUUGGCAGCCUGUCUGCAAUUCCUUGACGCCGCUCUACCUGUGUGCCCAGGCAGAGUUUGGGCUUACAUGUCUAGGACUGCCCUCAUCAAUGGCGAGACAAGAGCUGGAAGACUGUCCAGGAUCACCGGCAACCUUGACAUGCUGUCUGAGCGUUUUGACUUCCUUUCUUCCGCCAUCAAGUUCUUCUCUAACCUGAUUGAGAUCGCCAUGCUGGGUGCUGUUCAGCGCAAGGUCGUAAGGGAGACGAACGCUCGUUCCAAUGUCGACGCAAACGCAUGGCUAGGAACAAGCGACAAGGUGAUCUCUCGGGUCUCUCUUGCCAUCGCCCAGACCGCGGUCGAUAUAAUCGAAAACUCGGCCACUUGGAGAUUCCCGUCCGAGCUGGACCGCAGUGUCGUGGUUCGUGAUGUGGUGGGCAUCAUGCAGAAGCUCCUUUCAUACACCUAUAACCUCGAUGGAACUGGACCUUCGAAUACCUUGACAGGCUAUCUUGAACCUGCCGCUAGAUACGUCCUCGAGAGCUUUGUCACGGCCUCGUCAAACUCACUCCGAUUCCAACCCCUUCUAGCGACCCUUCUUGUUGCCUUCCAAAUCCCCGACUCUACUCUAUACCCCCGCCGGGCUGCCGUUGUCUCGGAGAGGCUCCUAGUGGUCCUCGAUUUUGCAACUAUUCUCCUUCGGGUCGCCAACUACCUCGACCUGCCCGUCAUCAACCUCCAAACACAACUGUUCAAGUCUGCGUCUCUAGUCGCCCGUCUUCCUGCUAUCAGGCUGUCUUUCAAGGCACCGGCGAUAGCUCUCCUGAGUGCGCUAGUAGAAAGUGCUGGGAAGGGCAACGCCGAACCUCCAUCGCUGCUGGGAUACCUUGGGCCGCAAAUUGCACGGUCAUUCAUCCAGAUCGCUUCGCAGCUGGACAAGCCGUUUGACAGGGUACCAGAAUCAGUCAGCACGUGGAAGUUCUUCUCGACGAUAAUGCGGAACCGCCAACAGUGGAUGGCAAAUUGCCUCCUUACUGGCAAGACUCCCCGCGAGGCUUUGAAGGGAGAUGGCAAGAUUGCAGCACUUUCUCCCGACUCGGUCCUCUCCACGGCCAUGGAGAAGCUUCGCUCGAUCAAGAAGUUGCCAAGCCAGGAGGCCAUCGCGAUCUUGGACUUCUUCACUUCGGCCCAGAACUACUGGCCUUGGACCAUCUUCGCCAUGCAAAAGGAUACGUCCUUCCUGACCGAUCUCCGAGCAUACGUCCGCGAUCUCAAGUCGCCCUCGAUGGUUUCCAGGACAGACCCUAGGGAGGCAGCUUACCAGGCGAGGAUAGCAGCUUACAUUGCCGAGGCAUUUGCUAUGCAGCUGUACCAUCUGCGUCAGAUGCGGCAAUCGCAAAAGUUUGCGAACGACGUCGUGAACGAUCUUGAUUACUUCCUGCGCAACGGAGUUCAGGUUUCGGGGUACAAUGCCUCGUUGCAUUCUAACUUUGCAAAGAACUUUAGCCAACGAUACCCGGGGAUCUCGAUAGAGGAUUUCAAGAGGACAGUCCUUGUUCCUCGUGAUCUGGGUUCCCAAUUUUACUAUGCUUUGGACUUUGCCGAGUCGAUGCUAAGCUACGAUGUCGCAUGGGAUGGUUCGCGCAAGAACGGCUUCAGACAUGAAAUGGAGAGGGCUAAUCUGAACUUGUCUCUGGUGGAGGCCGAGAUUGCUCUCUUCCAUGCUUGGGAGUAUCUACUUCUGGAGCUUAGCAUCUCGCUUCUCCCCAAGAACGAGACCGUUGCCAAGCAGAUGUCGCAGGUCGCCGAGCAAUGUCUGGAUGCCAACCAACGGGCUCAGCCGCCAGACAACAUUUUCGUUCGACUGGCACACGCUCGGGCAAACCUGGCUUUGACGCUUCUUCAGCGCCUUGCCGAUGCCUCCCACUUGCCCAAGGACAUCACCAAGCUGCUGACCAGCAUCACAAGGGCCAUCAAUAACAUUGAGGUUCCCUUCGAUAAGGACCAGAUCUCCUACUUCCGCACCCUUCUCAAGAUCCUGUUCGUCGCUCUGCGUGGAACCAGACACUCCGCCAAUGCCCCUGCGCCCGGCGCCUCCACCAUGUCGCAGUCCGGUGGUGAGAGCAUCUCCGUGGCCGUCACCCAACUGAUCCUCAGCAUCCUGGACCGCGUCGUCGCCCAAUCCUUCAGGUCACUGGUCGCGCUGGUGCACGAGCCCACCUCGCCCACCACGCCCGAGGACCUCGCCCUCCUCACCGCGAUCCUGCAAGCCUGCCUCAGCGUACCCGGCAUCGACCAGUGCCAGGUGCAAGUCCUCAACAUCAUGGCCGGCCACGACGUCUUCCAAGUCGCCACCUCGCUCUUCUCCUGGGCCGACAAGCUGACCGACAAGUCGGGCGACCCCAUCUACGGCGAGCUGUCCCUACUUUUCUUGCUCGAGCUCUCCGCCAUGCCCACCAUCGCCGAGCAGCUCGCCUUGAACGGCUUACUGGGGCACCUCACGUCCGCCAACCUCGCCGGCUUCAUGCGCCGCGCCAACGUCGGUCCCCUUGCAGACAACGCCGGCGCCGCUCGCUGCUACUCCAUCUGGGCCAAGGGCAUCUUACCUCUACUACUCAACAUGCUCGGCGCCUUGGGAGCUACCAUCGCCCCUGAGAUCGCUUACGUGCUCAAUCAAUUCCCUAACCUCCUCCGUGCAGCGGUGGAUAGGUUCGAAGCUCCAGGCACCAAUCGCACCUUUUCCCCCUCCAAGUCUAUCACCACCAACAACCCCGGUAACGGAAAAGACACCUCAGGCUUCAUAACCCUAACUGCCAUCUCAGAAAUCCACUCCCUCGCCCUUUUGACUCGGGUCCUCUCAGCCAUAAGAUUGACCAACGCCGGAGGGCAAUCGGCAAGAGACAUUCCGCAGAUAGCGGGAGGGUGGGAAGACGAGGCGAGACAGAAUUUGUUGGAGAAUGUGGAGUUUUGGUUGGGCAGUAGAAAGGUCCUCAGGGAACGGUUGUUGCCUUUGGGACAGCGGGAGAUUGAGUGGAGGAGCCAAAAAGCUGCCGAGGGGUCGGCGUGUGAGAAUAAGUUGGAGGAGAAGGCGGUGGAGAUGUUGAGUGGUGUGGCGGAGGUUUUGGGGCUGGGUGCGGGGGAGGAGGGUGCGUGAGUUAGAGGGUUCGUUUGUGAUGGAGUGAGGUGAGGUGAGGAAGGGGGUUAUUGAGGGAAAGAAGCGGUGAUGACGGGAAGGUUGAAUGUGGAAAGGUGGUAUGCUGUGUGGAAUGAUAGAUGGAUGUGUAAAAGUAAGGGAGCUGGUUGAACGGUUAGGCAGUGUAGCAGGAGACUGAGUUAUGUGUUUUGUUUACUUCAAGUCGUAAGCGGGAUUGUUGUUUGUAUGUCAUGCUGCACAAUCGAAGAUUAAGUUCAAGGAGGUUUAAAGAGAAGUUGGUUGGGCAUGCUUGCUCUGAUGUUUUUUUAUGGUUGGUUCACAUAGCAUUCGAAAUUUCAGGAUUUCUCUUGAGCUGUGUUAUGCGCUUGACAGGCGGGAAGAGUUCAAUGUGAAUGUGACUCGUCCAUCUGUUUCUUGGGAGUGAGUAGGUUUGUCGCCGAUACAUC